ACCGCGGCCGCCGGGAGGGAGGGAGCGAGGAAGGGGUGGAAGAGGACGGCGCGGCGCCUGGGGCGGGAGGGCAGGCUGUGGGCGCCGGGCGGCCGCCGGAGGGGACUGCCACCUGCGGCUGCCCCGGGCGCACCUCACCCUGCGCUGCCCCUGUGCUCAGGGCCGGCGGCACCAUGAGGCAGUCGGGAGGCGCGGCGCUGCUGGCGGCGCUCCUGCUCCUGGCACAGCUGCGCCCCGGGAACAGCCAGUGGAGCGCAGAGGCGGCGACGGCGGCGGCGGCGGCCGAGGUCCAGGACCCGAGUCUGCGAUGGAGCCCAGGGGAGCGGAACCAGGGCGGCGGGGCCCGCGCGCUCCUCUUGCUGCUGUCGGAGCGCUUCCCGCGCAGCGCGGGGCCGGGCCGAUGGGGAUCCGGGACGGCAGGCAAGCGGCCGCGACGGGACAACCCUCCACUGUCCAUUGACCUCACCUUCCACCUGCUGCGGACCCUGCUGGAGCUGGCGCGGACGCAGAGCCAGCGGGAGCGCGCCGAGCAGAACCGCAUCAUAUUCGACUCGGUGGGCAAGUGAUCGGCCACGAAAACUUUGACCCCUUCCCCCAGCCCGGGCCUGGGACGGGAGCAACCGGAACUGACCCAGUCUCCUGGGGCAGAGUGGCCCAGGGACACCU